AUGCUGGUGUUUCUACUGUUCACCACACUCACAGCCACAGUGCUGGCUGAGCUGGAGCUUCAGUCCGGUGGCAUGCAGAGCAGCACUGCAGGAAGAGUUGUGGGAGGUGAAGAGGUGCCUCAUCACAGCUCCUGGCCUUGGCAGGUCUCUCUCCAGUACUACUCUGACGGCUCCUAUCAUCAUUUCUGCGGAGGAACACUGAUCAGAAGAGGGUGGGUCAUGACCGCUGCUCACUGUAUGUACAGGUCCAGCUCUUUGCGCGUGGUCCUCGGUGAUCUUGUCCUGCACAACAGCGACGGAACAGAGCAAUUCAGGAGUGUCAUCAAUGUUUAUAUCCAUCCUGAAUGGAACAAUAACAGCAUCUCCUCUGGUAAUGAUAUUGCCCUGUUGAGGCUGUCGUCUGAGGCCUCACUGACCCGUUACGUGAAGCUGGCCUCUCUACCUCCUUUGGGUGAGAUCCUGCCCCAUAACAGCCCCUGCUACAUCACAGGAUAUGGCCGCACCUCCACUGGUGGAGCAAUGCCUACCAGAAUGAGGCAGGCCUACCUUCCUGUCGUCGACCAUAAGACCUGCACCAGCUCCGGCUGGUGGGGCAGCACCGUCAAGACCACCAUGAUCUGUGCUGGAGGAGGUGCUCAGUCAGGAUGCAAUGGUGACUUUGGUGGCCCUCUCAGCUGCAGAAUUGACAACAGUUGGUAUGUCCAUGGCAUAGCCAGCUUUGUGUCUGGUAUGGGAUGCAAUGCACCCCAGAAGCCCACUGUCUUCACCCGCGUAUCUGCCUACAUCACAUGGAUGAACUCGGUCAGGAAGUAA